AGCGGACUGGAGGCAAAGGGGAGGCCCGGGUCACUCCCUAAACCAUGCCCUUGCUCUCCGGGCCAGAGCGCGCCUGAGCCUCCCGGGCCUCGGUGUCCCCGCGGGUCCCGCGCCGCUGUCUCACCGCGAUGCAGGCGCACGCGCUGUUCCCCGCCACGCUGGGCGCGCUGGCCACGCUGGCUGUGUUGGCGCUGGCCCGGGAGCCCCCGGCGGCGCCGUGCCCUGCGCGCUGCGACGUGUCCCGUUGUCCGAGCCCGCGCUGCCCCGGGGGCUAUGUGCCCGACCUUUGCAACUGCUGCCUGGUGUGCGCUGCCAGCGAGGGCGAGCCCUGCGGCCGCCCCCUGGACUCGCCGUGCGGGGACAGCCUGGAGUGCGUGCGCGGCGUGUGCCGCUGCCGUUGGACCCACGCCGUGUGUGGCACGGACGGGCACACCUAUGCCGACGUGUGCGCGCUGCAGGCCGCCAGCCGCCGCGCGCUGCAGAUCUCCGGGACGCCGGUGCGCCAGCUGCAGAAGGGCGCCUGCCCCUCGGGUCUCCACCAGCUGACCAGCCCUCGGUACAAGUUCAACUUCAUCGCCGACGUGGUGGAGAAGAUCGCACCAGCCGUGGUCCAUAUAGAGCUGUUCCUGAGACACCCUCUGUUUGGCCGAAACGUGCCACUGUCCAGUGGUUCGGGCUUUAUCAUGUCAGAAGCGGGUUUGAUCAUCACCAAUGCCCACGUGGUCUCCAGCUCCAACACUGCCUCGGGCCGGCAGCAGCUCAAGGUGCAGUUGCAGAACGGGGAUGCCUAUGAGGCCACCAUCCAGGACAUUGACAAGAAGUCUGACAUCGCCACUAUCGUAAUCCACCCCAAGAAAAAGCUCCCCGUGUUGCUCCUGGGUCAUUCGGCAGACCUGCGGCCUGGUGAGUUUGUGGUAGCCAUUGGCAGUCCCUUUGCCCUGCAGAACACCGUGACAACAGGCAUCGUCAGCACUGCCCAGCGGGAUGGCAAGGAGCUGGGCCUCCGGGACUCAGACAUGGACUAUAUCCAGACAGACGCCAUCAUCAAUUAUGGGAACUCUGGGGGACCCCUGGUGAACCUGGACGGUGAGGUCAUUGGCAUCAACACACUCAAGGUUGCAGCUGGCAUCUCCUUCGCCAUCCCUUCAGAUCGCAUCACGCGCUUCCUCUCCGAGUUUCAAAACAAGCACGUAAAAGACUGGAAGAAGCGCUUCAUUGGCAUCCGGAUGCGAACCAUCACACCAAGUUUGGUGGAGGAACAGAAGGCCGCCAACCCAGACUUUCCAGCAGUCAGCAGCGGAAUAUAUGUGCAAGAGGUCGUUCCCAACUCACCUUCUCAGAGAGGUGGCAUCCAAGAUGGUGACAUCAUUGUCAAAGUCAAUGGACGACCCCUGGCGGAUUCCAGUGAGCUGCAGGAGGCAGUCCUGAACGAGUCCCCACUCCUGCUGGAGGUGCGGCGGGGCAAUGAUGACCUCCUGUUCAGCAUCAGGCCUGAGGUGGUCAUGUGAGGCUUACUUUUCUCUGGUGCCAUGCCAACGCCCACAGAAGGUGGGGGUCCCAACCUUCAUGAGAUCAGAGCAAAGGGAUGCUUGGUCUUCAGCAGGGCCAGCAGUCUCCUCUCUGAGUCCAGGGCUGAGCCUGAGGCUGGGCCUAACCAGGAGUCUGGAUUUCAGCCUUGACCCUGAAUUCCAGUUGCAGUUAGAGGAAGCACAGUGUCCCCUGGACCAGAUGCUCCUGAUAUUACUGUCUGAGUUUCUCUGGACCUAAAGGCUCCUGGGGACUUCCCUGGAAGUCUGUCUUUUCCCCAGCCUCCCACCCCUGCCCUCAGGAAGGCCCACCUCGCUCCCAGCCCACCUCCUCUCCCUUGUAUCCCAGAGCCUAGACCUCUCCCUGUCACACAGGUACUUUCCUGACACCACCAGGCUUCCAACUGCCUCAGCACCCCCUCAUGGUAAGACAGGGGCUGCUUGCCCUGCCAUCUGGCAUCCCCAGAGGACAGACCCUGCAACUGUCCCCUGGAAAAGCCAGGGUCCUGACCUGGAGCAGGUGAACAUCCCUCACUGCUGAGCUGAGCCCUGCGCUGGUCCAGGCGGGCAGGUAGCAGCAAAGUGUCAUGAUCACAGGGUUUCCAACCCUGACUGCUCAUUCUCCCAAGCUGACCACGUGGUGGCCAAAGAGGGAGUUGGUACCUGCCUGAGGUGCAAGGACUGAGCCACUUCACCUCUGCAUGCAGUUCGGGACACAGCAGCCUGCAGGCUCCCAAGGGCAUCUUCGUUCUCCCUAGUGUUUCAAUUGUAUUUGUGAGCUUUGCUGUAAAAUUACACCCCCCUCCCCAUGUUGCUUGUACUGUAUGUUUCUCUACUGUACGAAAUUAAAGUUUACAAGCACAUAGCAACCA